AGUCGGUGAAGAUCUCCAUUCACUGGGCUGGACAAGGGACACUCUUGGGGAAAGUCUGUACUGGACAAGCCUGAGGGUUAUGAGUGGGGUUGGCAUCUACACAGGAGCUGCGACUGAGAGGGAAAGGGCCCCAAACAAACAUCUCUGCUACCACUUCCUUUCGAAGUUGGGGGACUUGGGAAGACCCGUUGUUUAGAUCUUGACCGGUGAUCAGGAAGUCAGCGUUAGAGGAAGGCCCCGGAAGGAGGGGCCAGUGCGGACUCGCCCGUGGCAGGGCGGGGACCAACAGAGGGGCCUAGGGGCUGGGGAGCGCCGCUCCGCCCUCCUGGGGAAGGACCACAUUGCCGGCUAGCAGGAAGGCCAACCAGACCAGACGAGGCCGCUCCAGCGCUGGGUGUUGCCGGUCCCGGGCGAGCCUGGUUCCAGGCGGGGACAUCAGGGUUUUGCCAUUCUCAUCCAGACAUCAAGGACAGUGGAGAAGUCCAAAGUCAGUUGUCGAUUUACAGAAGAGGAACUGAAACGGGUUCUUCAAGUAACUGCUUCAGGACCUUGCCUGGCUGUAACAGCAUUGUGUUUCUUUGACCUGAUCCCCAGGUACAUGGCUUCUUCCUACUCUCAGCCUAGAAGAAUAAACCCUUAGACUGUGGGGAACUGAGCCAGGCAAGCCAAAGGCAGCCCUGAGCCCUCCCUUGCCUGCCGUCCCCUGCGGGGGCCAGGAUGCUGAAGAAGCAGUCUGCAGGGCUUGUGCUUUGGGGUGCUAUCAUCUUUGUGGGCUGGAAUGCCCUGCUGCUCCUCUUCUUCUGGACACGCCCAGCACCUGGCAGGCUGCCCUCAGACGGUGCCCUUGGUGAUGACCCUGCCAGCCUCACCCGCGAGGUCAUCCACCUGGCCGAGGACGCUGAGGCGGAGUUGGAGAGGCAGCGGGGAUUGUUGCAGCAAAUCAAGGAGCAUUAUGCUUUGUGGAGGCAGAAGUGGAGAGUUCCGACUGUGGCCCCUCCAGCCUGGCCCCGUGUGCCUGUGACCUCCUCACCAACACAGAUCCCCAUCCUGGUCAUUGCCUGUGACCGCAGCACUGUCCGGCGCUGCUUGGAUAAGUUGUUGCACUAUCGGCCCUCAGCUGAGCGUUUCCCCAUUAUUGUCAGUCAGGACUGUGGGCAUGAAGAGACAGCACAGGUGAUUGCUUCCUAUGGCACUGCAGUCACACACAUCCGGCAGCCAGACCUGAGUAACAUUGCCGUGCAGCCAGACCACCGCAAAUUCCAGGGUUACUAUAAGAUUGCCAGGCACUACCGCUGGGCACUAGGCCAGAUCUUCAACAAGUUCAAGUUCCCGGCCGCUGUGGUAGUGGAGGAUGAUCUGGAAGUGGCACCCGACUUCUUUGAGUACUUCCAGGCCACUUACCCACUGCUGAGAACAGACCCCUCCCUAUGGUGUGUGUCUGCUUGGAAUGACAAUGGCAAGGAGCAGAUGGUAGACUCCAGCAAACCUGAGCUGCUCUAUCGAACAGACUUUUUUCCUGGCCUUGGAUGGCUGCUGCUGGCCGAUCUGUGGGCAGAGUUGGAGCCCAAGUGGCCCAAGGCCUUCUGGGACGACUGGAUGCGCAGACCUGAGCAGCGGAAGGGACGGGCUUGUAUUCGUCCAGAAAUUUCAAGAACUAUGACCUUUGGUCGCAAGGGUGUGAGCCAUGGGCAGUUCUUUGACCAGCAUCUUAAGUUCAUCAAGCUGAACCAGCAGUUCGUGCCCUUUACCCAGUUGGACCUGUCAUACCUGCAGCGGGAGGCCUAUGACCGGGACUUCCUUGCCCAGGUCUAUGGUGCCCCCCAGCUACAGGUGGAGAAAGUGAGGACCAAUGAUCGGAAGGAGCUGGGGGAGGUGCGGGUACAGUACACUAGCAGAGACAGCUUCAAGGCCUUUGCUAAGGCCCUGGGUGUCAUGGAUGACCUCAAGUCUGGUGUCCCCAGGGCUGGCUACCGUGGCAUUGUCACUUUCCAGUUCCGGGGCCGGCGUGUCCACCUGGCACCCCCACAGACAUGGACUGGCUACGAUCCUAGCUGGAAUUAGCAGCACCUGCCUUUCCCUCCUGGGUCUCCUUGCUGUAUGGUGAGCCGAGGCAGGCCUGCAGGCCCUGGGCUAUCCCAUCCUGCCAGUGUCUCCCUCUUCGAUCUGUAGAUCUUCCCUUUCGGUCCUGGCCAUCCCCCAAGUGGCAUUCUAGUGCACAAAUCAUAGGAUGAGGGUUAUACUCCUGUUGUCAAGGGAGUAUUGUGUGGUAUGUUUGGGGCGUAUUGAACAAGAAACCACUGUGUGGUAUGGGGAGGGCUGGGCCUGUUGGGGCCAGGCUUGUAGUGUCCUGAGUUCUGUCUAAGGGCAUCUGUGGAGAGCUUGGCAGCUCCAGCUCUCCUCACCAGGCCUCUCGACCUUAAUCUGGCUCCUGUCAGUCCAUGAGCCCACUAUCCCCCCUUUCUCCACCUUCCCCCAGUGUGGGGCCCGAUUAUAGAAGAAGGAAUGGAUUUGUGGUCAGAUGAGACUAACCAAAGGGAUUCACUGUCAGAGUUAGCAUGGACUGCUGGGUUGCCCAGGUCACUGCCGCCUGGCUUCUCUUCUUGCUGACUCUGCUCUUCUUGUCUUGCAGCAGCGCAGUGUGCUGUUGGGAGAUAGAAAGUAGGAACGGAAGCAAGACUUCUCCCAUGGUGGAGUCAGUUGUCAGGAAUGGUGGCAGGUGGAAAGCCUGUGCUUGGGCACCCCCUCCUCUUGCUCAUGGUCCGCUCUCUUCUGGAAGUUAGUUCCCUCCACCUUUAGGAGGAUUCAGUGCCAGCCUAGUGGAAGACAGUGGGCUCCAUGCCUCCUUUCCCCUGGGGUUUGCUACAGAGGCUCCUCCCUGAGGGCUUGUUCCUGGUGGCUGCCUCAGCAGAGACACCAGCAGCUGAGACCAGGACACCUGUGGCCCUGAGCUGGCCCCUGUCCUCUGCCUUUCCCAGCAUCCCACAUCUUCCCAGGCCAAGACGCAGGGGCAGGCUGGAGAGAAAUCUGUGUGUCCUUGUUUGUUGCCUGACUUUAGUUUCAUGGAAGAAAAUGGAAUCUACAGAAUUAUUUUCAAAAAUAAAGUAAAGGCUGAAUUGCUGAAAAAUAA